AUGGGUGUUGUUCAGAUAAAAAUUGGAGGUGAGUUUAAUUUUAUUCUACAUGUUUCCGACAAACAAGGUGGUAAUUCUGCUAGAUCAUUUCCUCCUAAAUUUGUCAAUGAUAAGCUAUUGGAUAUGAAUAUGCAUGAAGUUGUUUCUUUUGGUAAUCCCUAUACUUGGUGCAAUAUAAGAUUUAAGAAUCCAAAUAAGUUAAUAUUAGAAAAACUAGACAAGGAUUUCAUCAAUGAUAAACGGGUCACGGUACUUCCUCAAACCCGUGCUACUAACUUAGGAAGAAUAUUUUCUGAUCAUAGUCCUGUUUUGGUUCAAUGUUUUCAUUGGGUUAGAAACUUAAAUAUUCCGUAUAAAUUCUUCAAAUGUUGGCAACUUAAUCCAGAAUUUAAAGAAGUUUUGAACGAAUCUUGGUCUAAAAGGGUUGUUGGUUCUCCUACCUUUGUUGUUGUGAAUAAACUGAAGCAUGUGAAAUUCGACCUGAGUAAAUGGAAUAUCAAUUCCUUUGGGCAUAUUAAAACUACUAUAGGUAGGCUCAACUCUGAGUUAGAAAGACUUCAAGCUCUUCCUUAUUCCCCUCAGAUUGGUCAAUAUAUUUUGAAUUAUUCUAAGCAAUUAGAUUAUUGGUAUGAAAUUGAGCAUUGCUUCUAUAAACAGAAAUCUAUGAUCAACUACUUCACACAGUAUGAUAGGAACACAAAUUUCUUUCACAAUUCUGUGAAUCUUAGGAAUAUGUACAACACAAUUCACACAAUUAGAGAUGAUCAAGCUCUAAAAUAUGUUACACCCAUUAUCAGUGAUGAAGUUAAUUCCUCGUUGAUUGCCAUACCCACCUAUCAGGAGAUUAGAGAUACAGUUAAUAGUCUUGCUUCCUGGAGCUCACCGGGGCCUGAUGGUUUUCAGGCAGGUUUCUUUCAGGAUAACUGGGAUAUUGUGCAAGUUGAGUCUGCCUUUGUUGCCAAUCAUCAAAUUCAUGAUAAUGUCGUUAUUACUCAUGAAAUUCUGCAUUCCUUUAAAAGGAAAAAGAAAAGCUCCAAGAAUGGUUAUUUAGCUAUUAAGCUUGAUCUUUCUAAAGCUUUCGAUAGAUUGGAGUGGUCCUUCAUUCUUGCUGUUUUUAAAAAACUGGGGUUCUCCGAUGAAUGGUGUCAGAUGAUAUCUCAGUGUAUUUGUACUGUUUCAUAUUAUGUCUUGGUGAAUGGCUCUCCCAGUGAUCCCUUUUACCCAUCUCAUGGUAUAAGGCAAGGGGACUGUCUUUUGCCUUACAUUUUUAUUCUUUGUAUGGAAGUUUUGUCUCAAUUGUUGGUGAAAGCAGAGGAUGAAAAGUUGAUACAAGGCUUCAGAUUUAAAAAGAACAUCCCUUCUAUCUCUCAUCUUUUUUUUGCUGACGAUUGUAUGCUGUUUUGCAAGGCUUCUGUCUCUUAUACUAAGAGUCUCCUCAAGAUUAUUGAUACCUUUGCGCAGGCUUCAGGUCAGGCAAUUGAUUUUGAGAAUUCUGGAUUUAUAACUAGCAAGAAAAUGCAUCAUAAGCAUAUUAAAAUUUUGGCUAAAAUUCUUAAGAUGAAAUUCCUUAGUAAUUCUGAAAGGUAUCUAGGGUCUCCCCUUUUUGUUGGAAAAGAUAAGACCAAUUCUUUCAAUUUUCUUAUCGAAAACCUAUAUUCUAGAUUAAGUAACACAAAAAAGACUAAUCUCAACGUGGCUGGGAGAACUGUUGUUACUAAGCAUGUGUUGUCUAGUUUAGCAGUUUAUCAUAUGGCAUGUUUCCCUCUUUCGAAGACUAUUACCUCUAAAAUUGAUUCCAUUCAGAGAACUUUCUGGUGGUCUAAAAAGAAUCCCAAAAGAGCUGUAUAUUUUAGUUCCUGGGGGGAUAUAGGUAUAUCCAAAUUAAAUGGUGGUUUAUGUAUUCGAAAUACUUAUGUUAUGAAUCAUGUCUUUAUCAGUAAGCUUGGUUGGCGAAUUAUGAAAAAUCCCAAUUUCUUAAUUUCUCGUUUUAUGAAAGAUAAAUAUUUUCCUAAUCAGAACUUGUUAGAGAUUGACAAAGCGGCUAGUUCCUCUUCUUGGAUAUGGAAAGGUAUUGUCAAUGGAGUACAAUUUAUUAAAGCUAACUCAGUCAUAAAAAUUAAUGAUGGAGUUUCUUCACACAUUUGGUCUUCUAACUGGAUUCCUGGAAAUUUGCAUCCUCUAGUGCCCAGAAAAUCUUCUCAUAGUGAUUUUGUGUUUGUUAAUGAGCUUUUUGAUAUUCAAAAUGGUAGUUGGAAUGAUAGUUUGCUUUCUUCUUUGUUCACAACAGAGGAUGUUACUAGGAUUAAGACUAUCAGAUUAAAUCUUCUUCAUAAUGACUCCUUAAUGUGGGCGCACACUAGUAAUGGAAAGUUUACCAUUAAGUCUGCCUACAAAGUUUAUAUGAAUGACUAUUCGCCACCAGAUGGUUCUACAUUCUGGAAGAAAGUGUGGGCGAUUGACUUUGAUGAUCUUUGUCCUCUUUGUAAGAGAUAUGAGGACAACACUUAUAUUUUUAUUGACUGUGAAGUGGUUAAACACAUAUGGUUUGGUCUCUCUUUACAACACUUGAUCAACUUAGAUCUAGAUUGGAUUGAUGAUUACUUUCUCUUUUGGCAUGAUUCUGCAUUAGGUGCAUCCCCAUUUACUGUUUCUUGGCCUAGCAUUGGUGGCAUAGUCUUAUGGUGUGUUUGGAAAAUCAGGUGUGAAGUGAUUUUCAAGAAUGCCUCUUUAGAUCUGAAUAAGAUUAUUUUGGACAUAAAGAGAAUGAUUAACACUUACAUUUCUCCUAGGUCUCCUUCUUUUGCUCCUCCUUUUGUGGUUAUCAAGAUCCCUAGUACUAAUGUGGAUCAUUUUAUGUUUAUUGAUGGCUCCUUUACAGAUUAUAAUACGGGUUUGAGUGUUAUUUGGUGUGACACUGCAGGAAAUGUAAGAAGAUGUCGUUCAGACUAUGGUUUGAUGUCAGAUGCAGUAGGUGCCGAAGCUGCUGCACUUAUUUUGGCCAUCCCUUGGGCAGAGGAGAUGCAUCUUACCAGAGUCGUCUUUGUCAUUGACUGUUUCAGCUUGUGCAGUUCAGUAAUGGUGCCAACACAAAUAUUGCUUGGAGAAGUAGUGACCUUGUUGAGCAUUGUCGGAGUUUAA